CAUGUUCCCAACCACAUCCCUCCGUCACCUUCGUCAUCGUCAUCUUCUCUCGGGCUUCUGAAAUCAAAUCCACCAUUAAAGCACUUAGAAGGAAGCUACUUAGUGAAGAAGAGGAAGAAGCUCAAAGCUCCUUUCGCAUGGUUCUUUGUCGGUCGACAUCACACAUUCUGUCUGAAUAUAUAUGAUGAAGAGCUCGUCGGGGGCCGGGAAGCCGCAGCAGGUGGCCAUGGCGGAGAUGGAGGGGGCGCGGCCAGUGCCGGGGCUGAGCCCUCUGAGCGAGACCCUUUGGAAGGACAGGCCGGAGGCUCGGGGGGUGUCCGGGGACGACGUGUCCGCGAGGCUGACAUGGAAGGAUCUGACGGUGAUGGUGACACUGGGGAAAGGCGGGACCCAGAAGGUGCUCGAGGGGCUGACGGGGUACGCCGAGCCGGGGACGCUCACUGCCCUCAUGGGGCCCUCGGGGUCCGGCAAGUCCACCCUGCUCGAUGCCCUCUCGGGCCGGCUCGCGACCAAUGCGUUCCUCUCGGGCUCCAUCCUCCUCAACGGCCGCAAGGCCAAGCUCUCCUUUGGAACCGCCGCCUAUGUGACCCAAGACGACAACUUGAUCGGGACUCUGACGGUGCGGGAGACGAUCUCUUACUCGGCUAGGCUCCGGCUUCCCGAUAAGAUGCUCUGGGGGGAGAAGCGAGCCUUGGUUGAGAGCACCAUCGUAGAGAUGGGCCUUCAGGACUGUGCUGAUACGAUGAUCGGGAACUGGCACUUGAGGGGAAUCAGUGGAGGUGAGAAGAGGAGGGUCAGCAUUGCCCUCGAGAUAUUGAUGAGGCCCAGGCUGCUCUUCCUGGACGAGCCCACAAGCGGACUCGACAGUGCCUCGGCUUUCUUCGUUACACAGACGCUUCGAGGCCUAUCGAGAGAUGGAAGGACAGUCAUUGCCUCCAUUCACCAGCCGAGCAGUGAAGUCUUCGAACUCUUUGAUCAGCUCUUCCUACUUUCCGGGGGCAAAACGGUGUACUUUGGUCAGGCCUCGGAGGCAUAUGAGUUCUUUGCUCAAGCUGGGUUCCCCUGCCCAGCUCUGAGGAACCCAUCUGACCAUUUCCUCCGAUGUAUCAACUCCGACUUCGAUAAGGUCAAAGCCACUCUAAAGGGAUCCAUGAAGUUUCGGUUUGUGGCAACCGAUGACCCGCUAGAGCAGAUAAGCACGACAGAAGCCACCAGAGAUCUCAUCCAUUUCUACCGAACUUCGCAGUACAGCUACAGAGCCAGAGAAAAAGUCGAGGAGAUAUCUAGAGUUAAAGGUACUGUGCUAGAUUCAGGAGGCAGUCAAGCGAGUUUCCUUCGGCAAUCUUUCACCUUGACCAAGCGUUCGUUCAUCAACAUGUCAAGAGACUUUGGCUAUUACUGGCUCAGGCUCAUGAUUUAUAUCGUGGUUACCAUAUGCAUCGGAACAAUCUAUUUGAACGUCGGAACAGGAUACAAUGCGAUUCUGGCAAGAGGAUCCUGUGCAUCUUUUGUCUUCGGGUUCGUGACUUUCAUGUCGAUCGGUGGGUUUCCUUCUUUUGUGGAAGACAUGAAGGUUUUCCAGAGAGAGAGGUUGAAUGGACACUAUGGUGUCGCCCCAUUCGCCAUCAGCAAUACACUCUCUGCUAUGCCGUUCCUAAUAAUGAUCACUUUCAUCUCGGGAACUAUCUGCUAUUACAUGGUCCGCCUUCAUCCUGGCUUUGAACACUACCUGUUCUUCGUCCUGUGCCUCUAUGCAAGCGUAACAGUUGUAGAAAGCUUGAUGAUGGUGAUUGCCAGUGUCAUCCCGAACUUCCUCAUGGGCAUUAUCAUAGGUGCUGGAAUACAGGGAAUAUUCAUGCUCGUGUCUGGUUACUUUCGGCUUCCCAAGGACAUUCCGAAGCCAUUCUGGCGUUACCCGAUGUCAUAUAUCAGCUUUCACUUCUGGUCUCUUCAAGGUCAAUACAAGAAUGACUUGAAGGGCUUGUUGUUUGAUACUCAGUCAGGCUUCGGGAAGAUUCCAGGAGAGUAUAUCCUUGUGAACAUUUUCCAGAUCGACGUGAACCGAUCCAAAUGGAUCGACCUGGCGGUUUUGAUGAGCAUGAUUGUCAUUUACCGAAUCAUCUUCUUCGUCAUGAUCAAGAUCAAUGAAGAUGUGACUCCCUGGGUCCGAGGUUAUGUAGCUAGAAGAAGGAUGCAGAAAAAGAAUGGGAGCCUGAACAAUACGAUCGCACCUGACAGGCUCACCCAGUCCCCUUCUCUGAGGACAUACGUGAAAAAUCAGAGGCAUAGAAGUGGGAGAUAAGCAGGACACGAGCUACUGAAGUUAUGAGUCCAUCGAGAUUUCGUUCCUUCAAAUUAACAUGGAGGAGUUGCCCGAAUAUGAAGUUUUGUGCUUGUACGGAUAUGCGACCACUUCUAGGUUUAUCACACCAAGAUCGGUCAGGAAUCAGGAGUGGAAUAAAUAGACUGAGAAAAUGUAGGAAGAAUCAAUGACUCACUUUCGGCUUCUGUUUCAUUUUGCAUAUUUACGUAAGUUCAAUAGAGCAUGCAUCUUCCGUAGGAUGUCCGGGAAAAUGUAGUUUGUGUGGUUCCUCACUUAGCCAGGUUUGCAGCAAAAAAUAAACUUUAAUGGACCCGAAGAAGAGUAAAA